AUGAGCGACAAUCCAUUCGAUCUGGCUGCGAAUCGUGGCUUGGAUGCUGGAAAUCUGGCUGCCGAAUCACCAAGUAAGCCUUCGCCUUCAUUGGAGUACUGCACAAAGAGUAUCGAGGAAACAGCGUCAUGUUUGACAACUGAUCUUAAUAGUGGGUUGCCUUCCGCUAACGAGGUCCAUAAGCGCCAAGAAGUAUACGGUAGCAAUGAAAUUCUGUCAGAAGAUGAAGAACCGCUGUGGCGCAAAUUUUUGAAAACUUUUGUUGGCGAUCCGUUGAUCCUGCUACUUAUGGGUUCAGCCGCUGUGAGUUUUAUAAUGGGAAACAUUGACGACGCGGUAAGCAUAACACUCGCCAUUAUUAUAGUAGUAACUGUGGGGUUUGUACAAGAGUAUCGGUCGGAGAAAUCGAUCGAGGCACUUAAUAAAUUAGUGCCCGCCGAAUGUCAUUUGAUCCGUUGCGGCCAAGAAUCGAAAGUUCUGGCUUCGGUCCUAGUACCUGGCGACUUGGUGCGUUUCGGUGUCGGUGAUCGUAUUCCUGCUGAUUUAAGAAUUGCGGACGCGGUCGACUUGUCUAUCGAUGAAAGCAAUCUAACAGGCGAGAACGAACCGGUUCACAAGUCCAAAAGGUCCGUUUCCAAAGACAGCUAUAAUGACAUGCCAGGAUCCAUCGUACCGCUGGCUGAUAGAACUUGCAUCGCUUACAUGGGAACUUUAGUCAGGGAAGGCCAUGGUAGAGGUAUAGUGGUCGGAACCGCUAAAAACACUGCGUUUGGUAAAGUUUUCGAAAUGAUGAACUCUAUAGAGAAGCCAAAAACCCCACUACAAACAGCCAUGGAUAAGCUAGGCAAAGAUUUGUCAUUCGUCAGUUUUGGUUUGAUAGGUAUGAUUUGUCUGAUCGGUAUUCUACAAGGAAGAUCAUGGUUAGAAAUGUUCCAAAUUUCUGUCUCGUUGGCUGUUGCUGCAAUUCCAGAAGGCUUGCCAAUCAUUGUAACUGUAACUUUGGCGCUAGGUGUUCUGAGAAUGGCUAAGAGGAGAGCAAUUAUCAGAAGGUUACCAAGUGUCGAGACGUUAGGGUCUGUGAAUGUCAUCUGUUCUGACAAAACUGGUACCCUGACUGCUAAUCAUAUGACCGUCAGUAAGAUUUGGUGCUUGGGUAGUAUGUCAAACAAAUCUAAUAUUCUAAACCUCAAUAAGGCGGGGGGAAGUAACCUGAAAAAACAUUUGUGCGAAGACGUAUCGACCACUUUGCGUAUCGCUAACAUUUGCAACAACUCGACCUAUUCUCAAGAACAUGUGAAGUUCUUGGGAAAUCCAACUGACAUUGCCUUGCUCGAAGUCCUAAGAAAAUUUGGGUUAGACGAUCAACGCCAAAAGGUAACAAGAUUAGAAGAAAUCCCUUUCAAUUCUAAGCGGAAGUUUAUGGCCGUAAAGGUGAAGGAUUCUAGCGGUAAAACCACCAUUUAUGUGAAAGGCGCUUAUGAGAAAAUUGUUGAAAAAUCUACACAUUUCGUUAACACCGAAAAGAAAACUAUCAAGCUGGAUAAUGGACUGAAAAAUGUUAUUACUGACUGCGCUAAUACAAUGGCAUCUGAGGGUUUGCGUACUUUAGCAUUUGCUCAACUAGAUUUGCCCAAUGGGUCGGAUGGGCCUCUAACUGACGCUAACAUCAAUGGCCUAGCGUUUGCGGGAUUACUUGGCAUGAACGAUCCGCCAAGACCAACCGUGAAGGCGGCCGUAGAAAGACUAUCCGAAGGUUCUGUCCAUGUCAUCAUGAUUACUGGUGAUGCCGAGAACACAGCGGUGAAUAUCGCCAGACAAAUUGGUAUUCCAAUUGUGAAUCCAGAAACUGCUGUUCUCACUGGUGAUAAAUUGGACCAUAUGACUGAAGAUCAAUUAGCAAGCAUUAUAGAUCACGUUAGCAUUUUUGCGCGUGCUACGCCUGAGCACAAAUUGAACAUCGUCAGUGCAUUACAGAAGAGAGGUGAUAUUGUUGCCAUGACUGGAGACGGUGUUAACGACGCGCCUGCUUUAAAACUUGCAGACAUCGGAAUUUCGAUGGGUAAGAUGGGUACUGACGUUGCCAAAGAAGCUUCUGAUAUGGUCUUGACAGAUGAUGAUUUCAGCACAAUCCUAACCGCUAUUGAAGAGGGUAAAGGUAUCUUCAACAACAUUCAAAACUUUUUGUCAUUUCAACUUUCUACAUCAGUGGCUGCUUUAUCUCUGGUUGCGAUUUCUACAGCAUUUAAGUUACCAAAUCCCCUCAAUGCCAUGCAAAUUUUAUGGAUCAAUAUUUUAAUGGAUGGGCCUCCGGCUCAAAGUCUUGGUGUUGAGGCGGUAGAUCACGAAGUUAUGAAAAAGCCUCCACGUAAACGUACUGACAAAAUUUUGACUCCAGACGUUUUCAAAAGACUGUUGCAGAGUGCGGCUUUCAUUAUAGUCGGUACAAUUUACGUGUUCAUCAAAGAAAUGAAUGAGGACGGAGAGAUUACAGCUAGAGACACGACAAUGACGUUCACUUGUUUUGUAUUUUUCGACAUGUUUAACGCAUUGGCAUGCAGACAUGCCACAAAAUCGAUUUUCGAGAUAGGUUUUUUCGCCAACAAGAUGUUUAAUUAUGCGGUUGGAUUAUCUUUACUCGGUCAAUUUUGCGCCGUCUACGUUCCAUUCUUCCAAAGGAUCUUCAAGACUGAGAGUUUGAGUCUCGGAGACUUGGUAUUUUUACUCACGCUCAGCAGUAGUGUCUUCUUCGGAGAUGAAUUGAGGAAAUGGUACAUUAGAAAGCAGAGAACCAGUGACCCCUACUACUACUCCGUUGUUUAA